AUGAGCGAUAUAGAAUCCCAGAAGGGCACAGAUUCCCCAGAAGAGCCAAGUGUGCCAUAUUUAUUGGAAAUUCUGGUGCGAGAUUUCCAUCCGGUUUGGAACGUUGGGAUAGUGGCCGCUGCAUUGGCAGGAACCCUACUAUACAGGUUUCCAUACCCGGCUAACUGGUUAAGAGUAUGCGGUACAAUAAUGUUCGCCAUUGCGGUGAUAAUGUUUUUCACAAUAACUGUCGUGAUAUUGCUCAAACUAUACUUUUACCCUCAUUGGAAGUCCUUGGAUGAACCACAAGUAAGCAGUUUUUGGGGACCCUAUUCGGUGGCUUUCUCUACCAUGCUGAACAUGCUUCAUUAUCUUUUUGAAAACCAAGAUCAUACUGCGAUUUGGGUUUUGUGGUGGGUGAACAUUUUUAUGGCUCUUUUCUGUGGAUGGUUUAUUCUGUUACGUGUUUUUACAGUCGCAAAGAUGGAAGGAGCAGAUAUCCAUGGAAUGCUUGUCCUCAUAGUGUUACCAUUAGUUGUUGUGGCCUCUACAGGAGCUUUGAUGGUUCCAAGUUUAGGAAAUGCCAAUUCAAAACUGAUCACGAUGAUUGUAUCAUUUUUGCUCUAUUCCAACGGGGUUUUAUCAGGUUUGUGCAUAGUUGCUGUACUCUACUGGAAGUACAUCACGCACGGCCUUCCACCCAACGCAUUUGUCUUUACGCUUUUUGCACCUGCUGGAUUAUUUGGACAUGCAUCUUGGGGGAUACUUUUGCAAGGGAAGAAUAUUAAAGAAUACUUAUCAGAUUACCAACCUCAAAUAUCACCGGCUAUUGGUGAGAUGUUCCGCUUCAUCUCUCUCCCAGUCUCAUUAUUCUUUCUGGGGUUCGGCAUCUGGUUCACAUUCCUGACUUUUGGAGGAUGGGUAAUCAGGGGAAGAGUGCCUUUGGGAAAAGUCUGGUUUAACUUGACAUUUCCGUUGGGAGCCCUUUCACUUCCGUUUCAUGAGGUUUACACCUUAUUGGGAUUUGAAGCAUUCAGAGUGGUGUCGGUGGUCUACGCGGUGUCGUGUCUCAUCGUGGUGUGCGUCAGCUUGGUUUCUGCUCUGAGAGCAGAAUUCCCCUUAACAAAACUCAAGAAAAUUGCUGCAUCAUUGACAUAUAAACUCACAUAG